GGUCGACUUGUCAACUUGAGUUGUUCCUCUGUACCAUCAUUUGUGGUUUCUAUUACAGCUACAACACAGGCCCUUGCUUUGAUUGAGCUCUUCAAUGCACCUGGUGGCCGCUAUAAGCAGGAUGUAUACUUGCUGCCAAAGAAAAUGGAUGAGUACGUAGCCAGUUUACACCUGUCCACAUUUGAUGCACACCUGACGGAACUGACCGAGGAGCAGGCCAAAUACUUGGGCCUCAACAAAGCAGGCCCUUUCAAGCCCAAUUAUUACAGGUACUGA